UUCUUCUUCCUCCUCCUCUUCCUCUUUUAAUACUUUCUCCUUCACCCAGCUGGUUCCCGUUCUUGCUUUUUCUUAUCGUCACUACUUUUCAAAAUUGGUUUCGAAUUCUUACUCUUUAGUAGACUGUUCGAAAGGAUCCAUUUUUGGCUUGAUUUAGAGUAAUGGGAGUGAAGGAACUUAGGAAAUUGGGGGAAAUUAGUUUUUUCUUGAAUUGUGUACAAGGUAUUUGUGGAAUUGUCUGAUUGCAUUGUAAAAUAUUCUGAUUGCACCUUUCCAUAUGCUGAGUGAUCUGUGUGGGGUUCUUGAACCCAUAUUUGCGUUCCUUGUUCCUUCUCUGUCUAUUGAGUUUAUAUCAGCGUGUAGUUGAAGCCAAACACAUUGGUUUUCUCAAGAGAGAGUUUUUCAUUGAUUGUGAAAUUGAUAAGCUGAAACUUUGUGGUCUAGGAAGUAGCAGCUACAUAUCCCGGGUCAGCAGACCAACAUUUCUUAUAGCUGUUUCAUGGGAUUCGCCAUCACCAUCACAUUGCCUAACUGUGGAAGUAAGUUAUUUCCAAAGAGGAGUUUUAGAGACAAAGGUGCUUUGUCUCUUGCAAUUUGCUGGGAGUUUUGUACUUUCUGCCAUUGCCUUCAUCCUGCACAGCCUCUUUUGGUCAGACAUCAAAGGAGGAUGUCAUGGACAAGAAUCAAAAGCUCGGUUGGUGGGGAUACAUCCGAUCCAGCAUCCGGUUCUUCAAGUAACAGUAGCUCCAGAGGUCUUCGGCUAAUCAAAGCCAUACAAGUUCUCAGAACUAAGCUUCUGGUGAAAAUUCAGGAGAUAAAGAAAGAUCUUCCCAAGAAACUGUUCUUUCUCUUGGUGGGAUUCUAUUCUGCUACUGCUUUCUCUACGUUCAUAGGACAAACAGGAGACUGGGAUGUUCUAUCUGCUGGAUUGGCUGUGCUUGUAGUUGAAGGUAUUGGAGCUUUAAUGUACAGAGCUUCUAUUCCAUUAAUCAACAAGAUGCGGAGCACAAUCACCAUGUUUAAUUAUUGGAAGACCGGACUCGCUCUUGGACUGUUCCUAGACUCAUUCAAGUUUUAGCUCAGACCUCGGAAGCUACAAGAAAGAGCGCGAAAACCUGUCAAUGAACAGUGAUCAGCAAAAUUUUAACAAGCUGUGUCUCCUUUAUGCCUGAAAUCAAUACCGGCGAGUUGUGAAGAUUUUAACGCUCGUUGAAGACAAAUCUCAGGUUUCAGCUUUUCAAAUCACAAGCUAGAAGACAUGGUACCAAACCUUCGAACAUACUAAAAGCCAGUCACCAGCAAACAAUACUCGACACUCGUCUGUAAAGCCAUGUAUUUGAUUAUGAGUCGAAACUGCAUUGCAGAUCAAAAAAGGUUCAUAAUAGCAUUGAUUCCCUGAAACAGCUUGUAAUAUUUAUGUUUUUGAAGAAAAUUUCCACUUUUUUUAUCUUUUAUGUAAUUUGCAGCCUUAACCGAGUUAAUUUUGCUAUUAAGUUAACAGAGAUCUUACA